UGUCAAAGUAAUCAGAGAAGAUAUUAAUUUCUAGUGGGUAAAAACGAAUAUUUCAUUUUUAUCAGUUUAAAUAAAUUAGUUACUUGGGUGUAAAUCUAAUAUAUAUUGUACUUUUUUCUCUGUGGUAAUAUUCUGUGAAAAUGGAAACAUAAAUACACUGGUAGUAACUCUAAAUUGCAAAGGAUAACAAAUUAUAUAAAACAGCUUAAUUUACUCUACAGAUUGUUAUUGGGGAACACCUUAUAGUAUUAAAACAUUACUUACUAAAGGUUAUCUAAAAUGGAAUUACAGUGCAAAGUCCAAAAUUAUGAUUGGGGCAAAUUAGGUCAUGAGAGUAAAGUUGCUAUGUUACUGUCUAGUAGUAAUAUGAGUGCUCAAAUUGAUUCUGAUAAACCCUAUGCUGAGUUAUGGAUGGGAACACAUGUGAAUGGGCCGUCUCUUAUUAUUGAAAGAAAUGUACUUCUGUCUGAAUAUAUAAAAGAUAAUGUGGAUGCUAUUGGUCCUUUAGUGCAGAAAAAAUUUGGUGUAUCUGUGCCCUUUCUUCUAAAGGUCCUGUCUAUUAGGAAAGCUCUUUCAAUACAAGCACAUCCUAAUAAGGAACAUGCAGAACAAUUGCACACACAGUUUCCUGAGAUGUAUAAAGACCCAAAUCAUAAACCAGAGCUUGCAAUAGUGCUGACCCCUUUUGAAGCACUUUGUGGCUUCAGACCCAUUUCAGAAAUUAAGGAAUUUCUUACGAAAUUGCCUGAACUGACUGGGAUCCUAUCAAAAGAUUCUUUACAUGGUAUACUGAAUUACGAAGAUGGAGAUUCUACAUUAAUACUGAAGAAUGUAUUUGACUCCUUGAUGUCUUGUGAUAAAACUAUUGUUGCUAAAAGCUUGGAAGAUUACUAUAAAAGACUAAGUAGUGCAGAUGAGACAGUCAAAUCUGCUCUGCUAUUUAAUACCUUACACAAGCUUUAUUCGGAGUUUCCUGGUGAUGUGGGAUGCUAUGCACCAUAUUUGAUGAACCUCAUGCAUCUUCGUCCCGGCCAAGCUAUCUUUCUCAAACCAAAUCUUCCACAUGCAUAUUUAAGUGGAGAUUGUGUGGAAUGUAUGGCUUGCUCGGACAAUGUGGUGCGAGCCGGGCUUACCCCGAAGCACAUAGAUCUGCCCACCCUCACACACAUGCUGGACUACAACAGCUAUACUCCGCAGCAGAUGCUCUUCAAUCCUCAGAUAGAAGAUGAGAACAGCUGCAUCUGGCGACCGCCUGUACCUGAUUUUGCUGUUGUUAAAAUUAAGGUGUUGAAUGGUGAUUCUUACAAUACAAUAAUCCGCGCCAGUCCCAGUAUUAUUAUCUUUAUAUCUGGUGCGGGGGAGGCGUGCGACACCGAGCCUAUCGCAGUCAAGCCAGGUACAGUAUUGUUCCUGAAGGCGAGCAGACAGCUGACCGUUACACCGAACACAGACCAUCUGGAGGCUUACCAAGCUAUCUGCAAUGUUUAAAUUGUUUGUGACACUGGUAUUAUAGAAUUACAAGGAUCUUAUGGCAGGCUUUUGACAGGGAGAGGUUAGUUUUUAGAGUUACCAGUAUGCAAUUAUUUCCCAACUUCUUUCAAUUCUCUCUUGUUAAAAAAAUCAACAGCUAAUGAUUUGCAACGUAUAAUCUGAUUGCCCGUAGUAUUUGUUUACUUAUUUACAGUUUUAAGAUUACACAAGCAAAGACUAAGUACAAUUUAUUUAUACUAUUAUAAAGAGGCAAGAUUUGCGUUUUUGUAUUUUUGUAAGUAUUGAAAUAACUCAAAAAUAACUUGGUCGAUUUCCAAAAUUCUAGCACCAUUAAAAAGCUACGUUAUCACUGAGUCACCU